AACUAUAACAAUCAUUAUCAUAAUAAUAGUUUAAUUUUUUAUUAUCUUGUGAAAAAACACAUUUGACAUUUGAUGAAAACCAUAGACACAAGAAGCGACGGCUGAGAGAGAGACGAGGAGUGGUUUCUUAUUUCUUUCCGGUUUUAUUCAACAUGCCGCCCAAAAAGGACGCGAAGACUUCGGCCAAGCAGCCACAGAAGACACAAAAGAAAAAAGAAGGUUCUGGUGGUGGCAAAGCAAAAAAGAAGAAGUGGUCCAAAGGAAAAACCCGUGACAAGUUGAACAACCUUGUUCUCUUUGACCAGGCCACAUAUGAUAAGCUGUAUAAGGAAGUACCCCAAUACAAGCUGAUCACACCUGCUGUUGUCUCUGAAAGAUUGAAAGUUCGAGGAUCUCUUGCGAGGCGAGCGCUCAUUGAGCUCAGAGAAAAGGGUCUUAUCAAGCAAGUAGUUCAACACCAUGGUCAAGUGAUCUACACAAGAGCAACAAAGGGAGAUGAUCCUGUUGCAUAAUGUUAUGUAUAAGUCUUAAAAAAUAAACAAAAAACCUAAA